UAUACAGCGCAGAAACCUUCACUCUUACACACAGAAGAGGACAGGAGGAGAACCAGCAAAUAAUCAUGAAAGUCCUUGUAGUAUUUGUCAUCGCAGCUUUCUCUAGCUGUCAUGCCAAUAUGAUGUGGCAGGACCAACCAAUGCCCAGCAUGGACCUGGUGAAAAACGCAUUCUGGAAUUAUGUGUCUCAAGCGACCCUCACAGCUGAGGAAACACUUCAGAUGAUCAGAAACUCAGAGCUGGGUCAAGAAAUCAAUGACAGGAUCUCCAAAAGCACAGAUGCCAUUAACAAAUACACCCUGGCCAUUCAAAGUCAGGUCACACCUCUGACCCAAGAACUGCUCACCAAACUGUCCCAGGAGGCAGAUCAGCUGAAACUGCAUCUGGAGCUAGAAAUUACCUCAGCACAGACCCAGCUCAAGCCUUACGUUGAAGAAAUCAAAGUGGACAUUGAGGAGCAGAUCGAGCGGCUGAAGAAGGACGUGGUCCCGUAUGCAGAGGCCCUAAACCCUGAAGCCAUGAGGUCUACUCUGAUCCAGCGGGCUGACGAGCUGAAGGCAAAGCUGGAGACAAGUUUAAUGGCAAUGGGUUCUCAGAGCGAGGAGCUGAAGCAGAAGCUGGAGCACCACUUUGUGGAGUUUCAGAUGAGCAUGUCUCCAUUGGCUCAGAGCUUUCAGAGUCAGCUAGCCCAGAGAAGUCAGGAGCUCCAGAAGAAUCUGGCUCCCUAUUCUGAAGAGCUGACCAAACUGGAUCCGCUCGCUCAGGAUCUGAAGGACCAGCUGACUGCCCUCUGGGAGUCCUUUGCCAAGGAUAAACAAUCGUAAAAGACUCUAUAGAGACUUUUGGAUAUGCGUAAUUUAUGAUAUUUUUGGAUUUAAUAUAUUUUUUUGACCCUUAUGUGUAUUUUUACCAAAAAAAAUUGUGAAUUAAAAGAGAAAGCACUAUGUUUGA